AUGUCUGAAGCUGAAUUACAACAAGUUAAAUUUCCACCAGAAAUAUUAGAUAGAAUAGCUCCAGAUAUAUCAUUAAAAAGACAUUUCGCAAUUGGAGUAAGACCAAAUUUAAGAAAUUUUACUGAAUUUAAACCAAUUGAAAUUGCAAAUAGUCUGCAAUUACAAGAGUCAAAUAAUAACGUUAUAAGUUCAAGUAUAAUAAAAAGUGGAUCUACAACAAUUAUAAAUACUAUAACAUUAGGUAUAAUAGAGAAUAUAAAUCCAAAUGAAGAGAAAAAAAAAAAAUUUACAACAAUUUAUCCUAAUGUUGAAAUUUUAAGAGGUAGAUCUGGAGCUCCAACUGAUGAAGAAAUGAUAUUAUCUCAAAAUUUAUAUGAAACUAUAUAUAAAUCAAAAAUUAUACCACUGGAAAGUUUAAAAAUUAAUAAUUUAGGUAUAUCUAUAAACAAUGAAGAAGAAGAAGAAAAAGAAAAAGAUGCGAAACAAGAAAUUUUAUAUCCUGAUUUAAAUUCAAACGAAUGGCAAUAUAUAAAUUUAUCAAAUCAAUAUAAUAAAUCUUAUUCAUUUAUAUUAUUAAGUUCUAUUAAAGUUUAUUCAAAAUCUCAAUCUACCAAUUCAUUAUUUGAUUUAUGUUAUUUAUCAAUUAUAAAUUGUUUAAAAAAUUUAAAAUUACCAAGAUGUUAUAUAAAUGAAUCUAAUUUAUUAAGUACAAAGAUAUCAAUAAGAUCAAGAAAAUCAAAUGUAAGAGGUUUAAUAAAUACAAAUAAUAAUAAAUUAAAUUUAAAUUUAGAUUUAAAUAGAACAGAAAAAAUCAAAUUAAAUUUAACUGAUGGUUUAAUACUGAGUAAUUAUGGUGUUGUAGAUAUAAUUAAAAAGGAAAAGGAAAGCGAAAGCGAAAACGAAAACGAAAACGAAAACGAAAACGAAAAGAAUAAUGAAAAAAAUAAACUAAUUGAAACUAUACUAUUAUGUGAUUUAGAAGGAGAAGCUGAAGAAACAAGUAUAUUAUCAAGAUUAACGGUAAUUACAAAUAAAAAAGGUACAAUGAAUAAAAUAAGUUUAAUCAAUGGAGAUUUAAAUAGUGAAAUUACAUUUGAUAUUCUCAAGAAAGCUAUAGAAAUUAGUCAAAAAAGAAGUUUACAACAAGGUGUUUAG